AAAACAAAAAUUAGGUUCCGUUUUAAGAACAAUCUAAUUGGCGGCUGAAAGGCGGCUAAGUAUAAAUUUAGAGAAUAAGCAAACAAAUGGAAUCUUGUAUUAAAACAAACAAAAAAAAUUAAGGUAAAGUUAAUGUUUUUUUGUUUUUUUUCCCUGGUAUAAACCGUUUUUCGCUCCGUCUUGGCGGAAGCAUCUUUAGUGAAUAUGGAGCAGCUGUUCAACAAAGUGUUACAAGUCAUCGUGAGGUGUAAGGACUGCGAGGAAAGGAGGGCAAACAUCCGAGUCACCAUUCAGCUUCAGCUGACAAAUCCAGUGCACAAAAGGGAUCUUCUCGUAAGAUUAACAGACGACGUGGAUCCAUAUUUUCUCUUCAACCUUUCAAUAUCGGAAGAAGAUUUUCUAAGUUUGAAAGUGCAGCAGGGCCUGCUGAUAGACUUUGCAUCGUUUCCUCAGAAGUUCAUCGAUUUGCUGAACUUGUGCAGCUCGGAGCAGGAGUCCGACAGUCCGAGGUUUCUCCUUCACCUGACGUGCCAGUCUGCGGUGCUUGAGGGAGCUGCCAGCUUCAGCGUUGUUGAGACAAACGCCUUCAAGCACCUGAACCAUUUGUGUCUUCGACUCGUCCAAGGCUCAGACAAGGAGCUUAAAGACUACCUGGCAGCCUGUCUGUCGUCACUGAAGGCUGAAAAACUGUCCGUAGAAUCCAAGCUGAAGAAGACUGAAGACGACCUGUCUCGACAGCUAAGUUAUGCUCAGCAGACUCUCUCAGAGAAAUCCAAAGAGUUGGAGAAAGUGCGUUCAGAAUGGACAAGUCAGAGCAGUUCUCUGUCCAGCCGUCACUUCGAUGAGUUGCAGCUGGAGAGGGAAAAGGUGGCUGAGUUACAGAGCCGGUUUCAGCGUGAGGUGGAGCAGCUACGUCAGGAGCUGGAGAGCGCUCAGAAGAAGAGUCUGCAGCAGCUCCAGAGCAGAGUGAUGGAGCUGGAGAGCUCCUGCAGCGAGCUGACCGAAAAGAAAUACAAGAACGAGUCCAUCAUCCGAGACCUGAAGGUCAAAUUCGUUGGUUCAGAGGAGGAGUGUAAACGUUCAAAGCAGCAGGUUCUGACUCUCAGGAGGGAGAACAGCACUCUGGACACUGAGGUCCAUGAAAAGGAGCGUUUGGUCAGCCAGCUGCAAAUGAGAGUAGCUGUUUUGGAACAGGAAGUCAAAGAUAAAGAUAUGCUCAUGUGCCGCACAAAAGAAGUGUUGGAGGCCACUCAGCAUCAGAAGGAAUCAGUGGCAGAAAAUGCAGAAAGUAAAGAACUGCAGAUAAGAAAACUAGAAGCAACAGUGAAAUCUCUGUCAGAGGAGCUAAUAAAGGCUAAUGGUAUAAUCAAGAAGCUGCAAGGAGAGGUCCGAGGUCUUGUUGGAAAAAUCAAAGUGAAAAACACGGUGACUGUGUCCCAGGAGAAGGUUCUCCAGGAAACACAAAGCAAGCUUCAGAGCGUGGAAAAGGAUCUCCAGAUCACUCAGCAGCAGCUCGUUACCAAGGAGGAGGAGGUUUCCAAACUGAAGGAGCAGCUAGAGAUGACCGUACAGAAGUUAAAUGAAAGCAGAGAAGUGUUAAAAACUAAUGAGAACGUUAUAAAUUGGCUUAACAAGCAGCUAAAUGAGAACCAACUGUCCAGAAAACCACAGUCUCCUGAAUGUUUGGAGAAUCCGUCUGUGUUGUCAGCAGCGACAGGACUGAAGGCCCAGUUUCAUCCUCGGCCCAGUAAACCUGCUGAUCCAGUUGGACAAACAAACACCAGACCACUGAAAACUGUAAACAGCCAGAUUGAGGACUCUGCUGGUCUGGAUUCAAAGUACUUCAGAAGAGACGACAGCAUCCCAGUUUAUAGUCUGUCUUCUAAUCUCAUUCAUGGAGAUGUUCAUCAGCGCCCAAAGCCUUCCAUAACUUCUGCUUACUUCCCUGCGUGAAGCUGACUCUGC